UUGAAGGCCAAACGCACGCGUGGCUUGUUACGGCAGCUCUCGUUGCUCAGCGCAUCGCUGCGAUCUAUUCUCUAAGCGCUGCAUCGCAGCCGCUGCGAAACGCACUCUCGCGCCUCCAAAUUCAUUGCCUGAGGCGACCCGUCGGCGGCGUCGGCUGCGGAGACCGACGGGUGUCUGUGGAGUCCAGGAGUCCAGCUGCAAGAGCAGCAGCGGCUCUGAACCGCACUAGCUAAAAAUUGCGGCCGAGCGCAGCCUUAGCAAGUCGCCGGUGCCACCACCGCCGGACGACGACGAGCCCAAGCCUCUAUCGCGCAUGGCGACGCGCUGCCUGCGGUAUGGCUCGCUCGCGUUUUUGGUGGCGCAGGACACGGCGCUGGUGCUGCUGAUGCGGUAUAGUAGGAGCCACGCGACGGGCGAGAUGUAUUUGGCGUCGACGGCGGUCUGCUGCAUGGAGGUGCUCAAAUUGUGCGUCUGCGUCGGGAUGUUGUACGCCGGGGAAGCGCGAGGCUCAAUCAGUGGAUUGGUCAAUGUGUUUCGGCGGGAGUUCCUCGAGAAGCCUAGUGAGGUGCUGCGAUUGGCGGUGCCGUCUUUUCUCUACCUACUCCAGAACAAUUUGUUAUAUUUUGCUCUAUCUAACUUACGAGCCACACCUUAUAAAGUAACGUACAACCUCAAAAUAUUGACGAGCGCAUUAUUCUCCGUGACCAUGCUCGGCCAGAAACUGUCCAAGAGAAAGUGGCUCUCGUUGAUAGCGUUAUUUGUGGGCGUCACAGUGGUACAAAGUGACAACCACAAGUCCGACAGCGACGCGCCGCACCCCGAGACGGGGCUGGGCUACCAAACUUUGGGUUUUCUCGCAGUUGUGGCCGCGGCCUUCACGUCGGGCUUCUGCGGCGUCUACCAGCAGAAGAUCCUCCAGGCGGGAAAGACGAACAUGUGGGUCCGCAACGCGCAGAUGGGCCUGACCAGUGUGUGCCUUGGUGUUGUUUCGACCAUAGUGAAGGACCGACAAGCUAUACAGGAGCGGGGCUUCUUCCAGGGCUAUACUCGUUUGGUUUGGACGGUCAUAAUAAUUCAAGCGGUGGGCGGUUUGAACGUCGCCUUCAUCCUGAAAUACGCGGACAACAUCCUCAAGGGCUUCGCCGCGGCCUUCUCGACGGUCGCGUCGUGCGUGCUCGAGAUGGCGAUCAUGCACUUCCGGCCGACCGCCACCUUUCUGUUAGGAGGGGCUUUGAUCAACGUCGCGGCCUACUGCUACAACACGCCGGGGCGGAAGGAUGGCAACAAGCUGCCGAGGUAGUAGUUAACCACGUUCUA